CCAGCUUCAAGUGUUUACCUUUCGCUCUUUUCUUUCUUUCAGGUGGAUGCGGUGGUCGCCUCUGCCUUAUAUUGCUCUCUAGUGUGCGGAGCUUGCUACUUUACAGUGCGGCUCCGGCCAAAUCUUCAAGAUGCAGUCCUCCCCAAACAUGCUCACCAAGUUCGAGUCCAAAUCCUCCAGAGCUAAAGGAAUCGCGUUCCAUCCCAAACGACCAUGGAUUCUCGUCUCCCUUCACUCAUCCACGAUCCAACUGUGGGACUACCGCAUGGGAACUCUUAUCGACCGAUUCGAAGAACACGAUGGCCCGGUUCGCGGCGUUGACUUCCACCCAACCCAGCCCCUGUUUGUAUCGGGAGGUGACGACUACAAGAUCAAGGUCUGGAACUACCAGACUCGGAGGUGCUUGUUCACAUUGAAUGGCCACUUGGAUUAUGUGCGAACAGUUUUCUUCCACCCCGAGCUGCCCUGGAUUCUGUCUGCGUCCGACGACCAGACCAUCCGAAUCUGGAACUGGCAAAAUCGGUCACUCAUCUGUACGAUGACCGGUCACAACCAUUAUGUUAUGUGCGCUCAGUUCCACCCCACCGAGGAUCUCAUUGCCUCGGCCUCGUUGGAUCAGUCAGUUCGCAUUUGGGAUAUCUCCGGCCUGCGGAAGAAGCACUCGGCCCCAACCUCGGUUUCGUUCGAAGAUCAAAUGGCAAGAGCCAACCCAAACCAAGCCGAUAUGUUCGGAAACACCGAUGCAAUCGUUAAGUUUGUGCUGGAAGGUCAUGACCGUGGUGUUAACUGGGUCUCGUUUCACCCCACACUACCCUUGCUCGUGUCAGCCGGUGACGACCGGUUGGUUAAGCUCUGGCGCAUGAGUGAUACUAAGGCAUGGGAAGUCGAUACUUGCCGCGGCCAUUUCCAGAAUGCCUCCGCUGCUCUGUUCCACCCGCACCAAGACCUCAUCCUUUCCGUCGGCGAAGAUAAGACGAUUCGCGCAUGGGAUCUCAACAAGCGUACAUCCGUUCAGUCCUUUAAGCGCGACCUUGAUCGAUUCUGGGUUAUUGCUGCCCACCCCGAGAUGAACCUGUUUGCCGCGGGUCAUGACACUGGUGUUAUGGUCUUCAAGCUCGAGCGAGAGCGCCCUGCGUCUGCUAUCUACCAGAACCAGCUGUUUUACAUCACAAAGGAUAAGCACGUCAAGUCAUAUGACUUCAGCAAGAACGUCGAGUCGCCGCCGUUGCUUUCGCUGCGCAAGCUGGGUUCCCCAUGGGUCCCCCCACGUACCCUCUCUUACAACCCCGCUGAGCGUGCUAUUUUGGUUACCACGCCCGCCGAUAAUGGAACUUAUGAACUGAUUCAUCUCCCCAGAGAUGGUACUGGGGCUGUUGAGCCUACAGAUGUUAAACGUGGACAGGCUACUUCGGCAGUCUUCGUCGCCCGCAACCGCUUUGCCGUCUUCAGCCCCUCGACCCAACAGGUCGAUAUCAAGGAUCUUACGGGCACGACCGAUAUCUACUUUGGUGGUACCGGAUGCCUGCUCUUCAUCACCCCUACACAUGUUACUCUUUUCGACAUUCAACAAAAGAAGCAGCUUGCAGAGCUUGCUGUCAGCGGGGUGAAGUACGUGGUGUGGUCUAACGAUGGAUUGUACUGCGCUUUGCUCAGUAAACACAACGUCACUAUCGUGACCAAGACACUCGAGCAGGUUAGCACCUUGCACGAGACUAUUCGCAUCAAGAGUGCUACCUGGGAUGACGCCGGUGUCCUGCUCUACUCCACCCUUAACCAUGUGAAGUACUCCCUUCUCAACGGUGACAACGGUAUUAUCCGCACUCUCGACCAGACCGUGUACCUCGUUCGCGUCAAGGGACGCAAUGUCUAUGCUCUUGACCGCAACGCCCAGCCACGCAUCUUGGAGAUUGACCCGACUGAGUAUCGUUUCAAGCUCGCCCUCGUGAAGCGAAAUUACGACGAAAUGCUUCAGAUUAUCAAGACCUCGAGUUUGGUUGGCCAGAGCAUCAUCUCUUACCUGCAGAAGAAAGGUUACCCGGAGAUUGCUCUGCAAUUCGUUCAAGACCCUCAGACCCGCUUUGACCUUGCCCUUGAAUGUGGUAAUCUCGAGGUCGCCAAUGAGAUGGCACGGGAGCUCGACCGUCCCAACUUCUGGACCAGGCUUGGAGCUGAGGCAUUGGCUCAUGGUAACCAUCAGAUCGUCGAAAUGACUUACCAAAAGCAGCGUAGCUUCGACAAGCUCUCUUUCCUGUACCUCUCUACCGGUGACCAAGAGAAGCUUUCUCGUAUGGCUAAGAUCGCCGAACACCGUGGCGACUUCACCUCUCGUUUCCAAAACGCCAUCUACCGUGGCGACGUUGAGGACCGCAUCCAGAUGUUCAAGGAAGUGGACUUGUACCCUCUCGCCUAUCUUACUGCCAAGUCAAAUGGUCUGAUUGAAGAGGCCGAGUCCAUUUUGGAGGCGGUUGGUCUCACCGAAGAUCAGAUUGUCCUACCCACACUCGACCAACCUCUGAAGGUUCUCCACCCUAUUGUACCCACUUUCAAUUCCAACUGGCCCGUUAAGGCUGCCGGUCACUCCUCCUUCGAGAAGGCUCUUCUCGGAGAAGUUGGUGUCGUCGACGAGGAGGCUGGCGCUGUUGGAUUCGAGAUUGAGGAAGAGGAGCAAGAAGCUGCUGUUGCCCGGGAAACCCUCGAUGAUGACGAAGAGGCAGUUUCCGGAUGGGAUAUGGGUGAUGAUGUUAUUGUUGAGGAAGAAAUCGACUUUGUCAAUGUGGAAAGCGCCGAAGCUGGCGCGGGCAGUUCUGAGGCUGAUUUGUGGGCUCGUAACUCCCCGCUGGCUGCUGAUCACGUUGCCGCUGGCUCUUUCGACACUGCCAUGCAGCUCUUGAACCGUCAAGUUGGUGCCGUUCAGUUCGCUCCUCUCAAGGCUCGCUUCCUCGAAGUUUACAAGGCGACUAAGACCUACCUCCCGGCGACUGCUGGUCUGCCGCCUUUGAUCAACUACGUGCGCCGGACCAUCGAUGAGACUGACUCCCGGAAGAUGCUUCCCAUCAUUCCCCGAGACCUAGAGACGGUUGCCAGUGUUGACCUACAAGAGGGUUAUGCCGCUAUGCGGUCCAACCGAUUGGAGGAGGGCGUGGCAACCUUCAAACGUAUUCUUCACACUGUUCUCGUUAACACCGUGUCAUCCGAAGCCGAUGUGGAUGAAGCGAAGAAGAUCAUUGCCACUGCUCGGGAAUACAUUCUCGCCAUGUCGAUCGAGCUCGAGCGCCGUACUCUCUCCACCAACUCCCCUGAGGAUCUCAAGCGCAGCCUUGAGUUGUCUGCCUACUUCACAAUUCCCAAGCUCGAGGUCGCUCACCGACAACUAGCGUUGAUGGCUGCCAUGAAGUUGGCCUUUGCCAACAAGAACUACGGCUCAGCCUUGAGCUUUGCCAACCGAAUGCUGGUUAAUGGAGGCUCCGCUAAACUUUUGGAACAGGCCAAGAAGAUCAAAGCUCAAUGCGAACGAAAUCCUCAGGACCAGAUUGACAUUGACUUCGACCCCUUCGCCGAGUUCGAUAUCUGCGCUGCGUCCUUUACCCCUAUCUAUAGCGGCUCUCCCAGUGUCUCAGACCCCUUCACCGGCGCCAAAUACCACCCCCAAUACAAGGGAAGUGUCGACCGGAUAUCGGAGGUUACGGAGAUUGGUGCCCCGGCCAGCGGCCUACGCCUGUUCGUCCCCAGUCAGUUUUAA